CCCCGUCCCUGCGCCCAGAAGGAAAUGGGGGCCGGGCUUUGGGCCUGGUGUGGCGGGAGGAGGAGCAGAGAAGCGGCUGAGGGCAGAGUCCAGGAGGCCCUGGCUGCGGGGGAAUGAAACCUCCGCCUUCUCGGGCAGAAGCCUUUAAAGACGGGCUCAGGCCCGGGACUCGGGGUGCGGCUUUUGGCAGCCUGAGGGAGGGGCGUGCAGUGAGGGGAGGUCAGGCGGAGCAGGGCGUGGGUGCAGAAGCUGCGACAGCUCGGCUCGGAGGAAGGUGCGGUCCGAGCGUUCGGGGUACAGCGGCCGCCGCGCUCGGUGCUUGGAAGUGGUACAAUCAUGUUUGAAAUUAAGAAGAUCUGUUGCAUCGGUGCAGGCUAUGUUGGAGGACCCACAUGUAGUGUCAUUGCUCAUAUGUGCCCUGAAAUUAGGGUAACAGUUGUCGAUGUCAAUGAGUCAAGAAUCAAUGCAUGGAAUUCACCUACACUUCCUAUUUAUGAGCCAGGACUAAAAGAAGUGGUAGAAUCUUGUCGAGGAAAAAAUCUAUUUUUUUCUACCAAUAUUGAUGAUGCCAUCAAAGAAGCUGAUCUUGUAUUUAUUUCUGUGAAUACACCAACAAAAACCUAUGGAAUGGGGAAAGGCCGUGCAGCAGACCUGAAGUAUAUUGAAGCUUGUGCUAGACGCAUUGUACAAAACUCAAAUGGGUACAAAAUUGUGACUGAGAAAAGCACGGUUCCAGUGCGGGCAGCAGAAAGUAUUCGUCGCAUAUUUGAUGCGAACACAAAACCCAACUUGAAUUUACAGGUGCUGUCCAACCCUGAAUUCUUGGCAGAGGGAACGGCCAUCAAGGACCUAAAGAACCCAGACAGAGUUCUGAUUGGAGGGGAUGAAACCCCAGAAGGCCAGAGAGCUGUGCAGGCCUUGUGUGCUGUAUAUGAGCACUGGGUUCCCAGAGAAAAAAUCCUCACCACUAACACUUGGUCUUCAGAGCUUUCCAAACUGGCAGCAAAUGCUUUUCUUGCCCAGAGAAUCAGCAGCAUUAACUCUAUAAGUGCCCUGUGUGAAGCAACAGGAGCUGAUGUAGAAGAGGUAGCAACAGCCAUUGGAAUGGACCAGAGAAUUGGAAAUAAGUUUCUAAAAGCCAGUGUUGGUUUUGGUGGGAGCUGCUUCCAAAAAGACGUUCUGAAUUUGGUUUAUCUCUGUGAGGCUCUGAAUUUGCCUGAAGUAGCUCGUUAUUGGCAGCAGGUCAUAGACAUGAAUGACUACCAGAGGAGGAGGUUUGCUUCCCGAAUCAUAGACAGUCUGUUUAAUACAGUGACUGAUAAGAAGAUAGCUAUUUUGGGAUUUGCAUUCAAAAAGGACACUGGUGAUACGAGAGAAUCCUCUAGUAUAUAUAUUAGCAAGUAUUUGAUGGAUGAAGGUGCACACCUCCAUAUAUAUGAUCCAAAAGUACCCAGGGAACAAAUAGUCGUGGAUCUUUCUCAUCCAGGUGUUUCAGAGGAUGACCAAGUGUCCCGACUUGUGACCAUUUCCAAGGAUCCAUAUGAAGCGUGUGAUGGUGCCCAUGCUGUUGUUAUUUGCACUGAGUGGGACAUGUUUAAGGAAUUGGAUUAUGAACGCAUUCAUAAAAAAAUGCUGAAGCCAGCCUUUAUCUUUGACGGACGGCGUGUGCUGGAUGGGCUCCACAGUGAGCUGCAAACCAUUGGCUUCCAGAUUGAAACAAUUGGCAAAAAGGUGUCUUCAAAGAGAAUUCCAUAUGCUCCUUCAGGUGAAAUUCCAAAAUUUAGUCUUCAGGAUCCACCUAAUAAGAAACCUAAAGUAUAGAUAUUACCAUUUUUGUUUGUGAUUUUUUUGGUACUUUAGGAUAAGAAAUAUCUAUCUGAUACUAAAUGGUAAAUGAACCAAGUGUUUUUAAGGAAACAAAAUUAUUUUUUUAAUCGAAUUUAUACUCGCUAUAUGGCUAAUUAGCAUAUCUGGUAAUUAUGAAUCUAGAAUAUUUUUUACAUAUUUUUAUAAUAUUGUGAGCUCGGUAUUGGAUGAGUGGAAAAUAAUCAUGUUGGUUUUAAUGGUGUCGAUUUUUGUAAAAUAAAAAUUAAACUUCAAACACCUUUUACUUUAUGAAUUGUCCAUACGCAGCACUUUAAUAUCACAUUGUGAAGGGAAAGACACUCUUCAGUUUUCCUGGUCAUUGGUUUGUUUGUCAUUAAAUAUGUAUUUUGAAGCCAUGAAAUUACUAAAUAGCCUUUAUAAGUAUGGUUGGUUAAAGUUCCGUGUUCCUUUUUUUUUAAUGAGAUGUGUCAUUGAUUUUUUUAGCUCA